GCAGCGGCUCUCGCUGCUCUGGAGCAAUGACUGGGGCAGCUUUGCCGCCUCUCGUGGUCCUCACCGCGUUUUUACUGACUCGGUGCAGUCCUCAAGUUCAGCAGCAGCAACGAGGGCUGUUUCCAGCAGUGCUAAACUUGGCUUCUAAUGCACUCAUCACAACAAAUGCUACCUGUGGUCAAAGAGGUCCUGAAAUGUACUGCAAAUUGGUGGAACAUGUACCUGGACAACCUGUGAAAAACCCUCAAUGUCGAAUUUGUGACCAACACAGUAGGAUUCCAAAUUUGCGGCACCCAAUAACAAAUGCAAUUGAUGGCAAGAAUACCUGGUGGCAGAGUCCGAGCAUUCAAAAUGGAAUGGAGUACCAUUAUGUGACCAUCACACUAGACCUGCGACAGGUGUUCCAGAUUGCCUAUGUAAUUGUAAAAUCAGCUAAUGCGCCAAGACCUGGAAACUGGAUUUUAGAACGUUCGCUGGAUGGUGUCAACUAUCAACCCUGGCAGUACCAUGCUAUCACAGACACAGAAUGUCUGACUCGCUACAACAUUCCUCCUCGUACUGGACCUCCAUCAUAUGCAAAAGAUGAUGAAGUUAUAUGCACCUCAUAUUACUCCAGGAUCCAUCCACUGGAGAAUGGUGAGAUUCAUACGUCUUUGAUCAAUGGACGGCCAAGUGCAGAUGACCCUUCUCCAGCACUAUUAGAAUUUACCUCUGCUCGCUAUAUUCGUUUGCGAUUUCAGAGGAUACGGACGCUGAAUGCUGAUUUAAUGAUGCUUGCACACAGGGAUCCCAAAGACAUUGAUCCAAUAGUUACAAGAAGGUAUUAUUAUUCAGUUAAAGAUAUCUCCGUCGGUGGAAUGUGCAUCUGUUUUGGCCAUGCAAAGGCAUGCCCACUGAAUCCAGCUACUAAUAGAUCAUCUUGUGCAUGUGAACACAAUACAUGUGGAGAAAGCUGUGAUCGGUGCUGUCCUGGAUUUAAUCAGAAGCCUUGGCGAGCUGGGACUUUCCUUGUGAAGCAUGAGUGUGAAGCUUGCAAUUGUCACGGGAAGGCUGAAGAAUGCUACUAUGAUCAGACCGUGGCCCACAAAAAGCAGAGUCUGAAUAUCCAUGGGGAAUACAUCGGGGGUGGAGUGUGCAUUAUCCCACACAUUCUGAGCGACUUCAACUGUGAACCCCAAAUGGAUGGCAAUUUCAGGCCCAAAGGGGUUCUGCCUCAUGACCGUAAUCCAUGCCAACAGUGUCAUUGUGAUUCCAUUGGCUGUUUAAAUGGCACUUGUGUAAAGGAUGAGAAAGAGGCUGCAGGAGACCUGCUUCCAGGAUUUUGCAACUGCAGACCAGGCUACUCAGGAGAGAAAUGCAACAGAUGCUCUUUAGGUUACAAGGGCUACCCUCACUGUGCACCUUGCAACUGUUCUCUGAAAGGCAGUUUAAAUGAUGACCCCUGCCUGGGACUCUGCAUCUGCAAGGAUAAUGUUGAAGGAGAGAACUGUGAUCAUUGUAAACCAGGCUUCUUUAACCUGCAGCAAGACAACCCCAGGGGCUGUGAAGAAUGUUUCUGCUCGGGAGUAACAAAUGACUGUGUGGGCUCUCGCUGGGCCUACAACACUAUUGAGAGCAUGACUGGCUGGUACCUGACAGAUAUACCUGGUCUGGCUCAACUUACUCCUCAACAGGACAGUUUUGAUGGGCCUCAGCAGCUUAGCAUCAACAAUGUGGCUGCAAGGAGUGUACUGCCACUGAUUUAUUAUUGGAGUGCACCCAGUCCUUAUUUGGGCAACAAAAUAACAGCUGCUGGAGGCCUUCUGAAAUUUACCAUUUCAUAUGAUCUCACUGGUGAAGAAGAUGCUGCCGAAGCGAUGCUUCAGUCGGAUGUCAUCAUAGAGGGAAGUGACUUGAGAAUCAGUACAUCACAAGAGGGAAUUCAUCUGAAUCCAUUUGAAGAACACACUGAAGAAGUCUUGCUGAAGCAUGAUUUAUUUAUGCUGCAUGGUACUGACUCGCCGAUCAGCAAAAGGGAAUUCAUGACUGUGCUGACAAACAUAAAGAGGCUCCUUAUAAGAGCCACGUUCAGCUAUGGGAUGAAUGCCAUCUACAGGUUGAGUGGUGUCAGCCUGGAAGCUGCUGAUCACUUUUCAAGUGGGCAAAAACAUGCAUCUGCUGUAGAGGCUUGCCAGUGUCCUCCACAUUAUUCUGGUACCUCUUGUGAAGUCUGCAAGGACAACACAGGUGGCCCAUACUGCGACAGAUGUCUUCCUGGUUUCUAUGGAGAUGCUACUAUAGGGAAACCUGAUGACUGUCAGCUGUGUGCCUGUCCACUGAGUAUCCCUUCAAACAAUUUUAGCCCAACGUGCCAUUUGGAGCGAAGUCAUGGAUUAAUAUGUGAUGAAUGCCCCCUUGGGUAUUCUGGCUCACGCUGUGAGAGGUGUGCAGAAGGCUAUUUUGGACAACCUUUAAUACCAGGGUCAUCGUGCCAGCCUUGCCAGUGCAAUGACAACCUCGACUUCUCCAUUCCUGGCAGCUGUGACAGCUUGUCUGGAGCUUGUCUGAUAUGUAAGCCAGGUACAACAGGCCAAUACUGUGAGAAGUGUGCUGAUGGGUAUUUCGGAGAUGCUCUUGAUGCAAGGAACUGUCAACCUUGCCACUGCAACAUCAAUGGCUCGUUCUCAGAAAUUUGCAACUUGCAGACUGGACAGUGUGAUUGCAAGCCCAACGUUGUAGGCCGUCGAUGUGAUGAGUGUAAGCCUGGGACCUUCGGCGUACAGUCAUCCAGAGGCUGUGUUCCUUGCAACUGUAAUUCAUUUGGAUCUAAAUCUUUUGACUGUGAUGAAACUGGACAGUGCCAUUGCCAACCAGGUGUUGCUGGAAAGAAGUGUGACCGCUGUGCUCAUGGAUUUUAUGGAUUCGAUGAAGGAGGAUGCACCCCUUGUGAUUGUGCCCAUCUUGGUAAUAACUGCGAUCCACACACUGGUCGUUGCAUGUGCCCUGCCAAUACUGUCGGAGAGAGGUGUGAUAAGUGUGCCCCGAACUACUGGGGUCACGACUUGGUCAGUGGAUGCAAGGCCUGUGAUUGCAGUGUGACCGGAUCCCUCAGUUUACAGUGUAAUCCUGAUACUGGCUGCUGUUUCUGCCGCCCAGAGUUCUCUGGGGAUAAAUGCUCUGAAUGCAGGCUGGGAUAUCGAAAUUACCCACUAUGCAUUGCCUGUGACUGCCUGACAGCAGGAACUGAGCAACAUACUUGUGAUUCAGAAAUGGAAAAAUGCUCAUGUGCUGCUCAUACCGGACAAUGCUCCUGUAAGGUUAAUGUGGAAGGUGUCUACUGUGACAGGUGCAAGCCGGGCAGGUUUGGACUGUAUGCCAGGAAUCCACUCGGCUGCAGCAGCUGCUACUGCUUUGGUCUGACAUCCCAGUGCAGUGAGGCACAGGGACUGGUCCGUGUGUGGUUGACCCUGAAGCCAGAUCAGGUAAUCCUUCCUCUAGUAGACGAAAAUGUCCAACACCGAACUAUACAAGGGAUUGAAUAUCAGCAUCCAGAGACCGUUGCAGAUGUUGAGCUGGUGAUGAAGGAGCUACACUCAGAACCAUAUUAUUGGAGACUUCCAGGACAGUUUGAAGGACGGAAGCUGAAUGCCUAUGGGGGAAAGUUGAAAUAUGCUAUCUACUUUGAAGCACGAGAAGAAACUGGCUUUGCAACUUACAACCCCCAGAUCAUAAUCAGAGGUGGACUUCCCACACAUACUAGAAUGAUUGUCAGGCAUGUAGCUGCUCCUUUGAUUGGUCAGUUGACAAGGCAUGAUAUUGAAAUGACAGAGCAUGAAUGGAAAUAUUAUGGUGAUGACCCCAGGGUUGCUAGAACUGUGAACCGUGAGGACUUCAUGGAUGUCCUGUACAAUGUUCAUUAUAUACUUAUUAAAGCUAGUCAUGGGAGCUUCAUGAGGAAAAGCAGAAUAUCUGAGAUCUCCAUGGAGGUUGCAGAGGAAGGAAAUGUAUCAGGAAGGACUCCUCGUGCUCAAUUGAUUGAGAAAUGUGAUUGCCCUUUGGGUUAUUCUGGCUUGUCAUGUGAGGUGUGCUCCCCAGGCUUUUAUAGACUUGCUUCCACAUCAACUGGUAGAAGACCAGGUCCUGCUUUAGGUGCCUGUGUGCCAUGCCAGUGUCAUGGGCACAGUGAUAUGUGUGAUCCUGAAACCUCCAUAUGUCAGAACUGCCGUCAAAACACCAGUGGUGACCACUGUGAAAGGUGUGCUGUUGGGUACUAUGGGGUUGUUCGAGGCUCUCCUGAUGACUGCUGUCCCUGUGCGUGCCCUUUGCUUGUUUCCAGCAACAAUUUUAGCCCCUCAUGUAUCUUAGAAGGAGUCAGUGAUUACCGAUGUACUGCUUGCCCAAUUGGAUAUGAAGGACAGUACUGUGAAAGGUGUUCUUCUGGUUAUACUGGGAAUCCAAAAAUUCCAGGUGGAUCUUGCCAAGAAUCUUGUGAUGAUGAGUGCACUGGAGUUCUUCUCCGAGACUUAGACCAACUAAACCAGAUGGCUUUGAGUGUCAAUCUCAGUGGCCCGCUUCAACCACCAUACAGAAUGCUCUAUUCUUUUGAAAAUACAACCCAGGAAUUAAAGCAUUUAUUGUCACCACAACGAGCACCAGAGAGACUUCUCCAGUUGGCACAGAAGAACUUGGAUACCCUUGUGAUAGAAAUGGAUGAGCUUUUGACUAGGGCGACUAAGGUGACAGCAGAUGGGGAGCAAACCGGACAAGAUGCCGAGAGGACUAAUGAGAGAGCAAAGAGGCUUGGGCAGUUCAUCAAGGGCACCCUUCAGGCUGCAGAAGCUGCAAAUGAAACUGCUUCAAAACUGAAUGCGACACUUGGAACUCCUGACAAGCCCUUGGAGAAAAGCCUUCAGGAAUUACAAAGUGAUAUUGACAAAAUGAUGGCAGAGCUCAGAAGAAGAAAACUGCAAGUGCAAGAGGAAGCAGCCCAACGUGAAUUAGAAGAAGCAGAAGCCCUCUUGAAGAGAGUGAGUAAAUUGUUUGGAGAACCUAGGAAGAAAACAGAAGAGCUCAAGAACGAAGUCAGAGACAAGCUGGCAGAUUACCAAGACAAAGCUAAUGAUGCUUUGGACCUGCUGAGAGAAGCAACCAAUAAAAUCAGAGAGGCAGAUAGAUUGUCUUCAAUCAACCAAAGAAACAUGACAGCAGUGGAUAAAAAGAAGCAAGCUGUGGAAGAUGGAAGACAGGAGGCUGAAAAUACUAUAAAAGAAGGGAAUGAUAUCCUUAAUGAGGCUAAUGACCUUGUAAAUGGAAUCAACUCAGCUGUAGAGUAUGUGGAUGAUGUUCAGGACAAAAUUGGUCCAUUGUCUGAUGAGCUAAAGAAUAAAAUAGAUGAUCUGUCUCAAUACAUCAGAGACAGGAGACUCCCAGAGAAGGUGUUGGAGGCAGAGAAUCAUGCAGCACAACUGAAUGAUUCAUCUGCAAUACUGGAUGGGAUCCUUGAUGAAGCUAAAAACCUCUCCUUCAAUGCCACAGUAGCUUUUAAUGCCUAUAGCAACAUUAAGGACUUUAUUGAUGAAGCUGAUGGAAUUGCCAAAGGAGCUAAAGCUCGUGCAAAUGAAGCUAUACGACUGGCAUCGGGUCCAGAAGGAUCAUUAAAGGAUGGUGCCAAGAGUGCUCUGCAGAAAAGCUUCAGGGUUCUUAAUGAUGCGAACAGGCAAGCAAAUGAAAUCAAAGAAAAUGGGGAUAACCUAAAAGGCAUGCAGAAAAGGUUGAAAGAUGCUGAGGAAAAGAACUCGGAUCUCCUAAGAGCUUUGAAUGACACAUUGGGGAAAUUGUCAGCAAUUCCUAAUGAUACAGCAGCCAAGGUGCAAGCAGUCAAAGACAAAGCCAAGCAAGCUAAUGAUACUGCAACUGACGUACUGGCCAGAAUCAGAGAUCUCAACAAGAAUCUCCUUGGUGUAAAAGACAACUACAAAAAACUUGCAGAUGACGUGGCCAAAACAAAUGCUGUUGUGAAAGAUCCCACCAAAAACAAGAUCAUUGCUGAUGCAGAUGACACUGUUAAAAAUCUGGAAAAGGAAGCAGAUCGGCUGAUGAAUAAACUCAAACCAAUCAAACAACUUCAGGAUAACUUGGGGAAAAACAUCUCUCAAAUCAAAGAACUGAUAAAUCAAGCGAGGAAGCAGGCCAAUUCUAUUAAAGUUUCUGUGUCUUCUGGUGGCAAUUGCAUUCGCACAUACAAGCCACUGAUAAAGAAAGGAAGCUAUAACACUAUCAUUCUCAAUGUCAAGACAACAGUUGCAGACAAUCUACUUUUUUAUCUUGGAAGUAACAGAUUUACUGACUUUCUGGCCAUAGAAAUGCACAAUGGCAAAGUGAAUUUCCUAUGGGAUGUGGGAGCUGGUAUUGGGCAGGUUGAAUAUCCAGAUUUGACAAUAGAGGAUGGAUUUUGGUACCGAAUUGAAGCAUCAAGGACUGGACGAAAUGGAACAAUUUCAGUAAGGGCACUGGAAGGUCCUAAAGCAAGCAUUGUACCCAGCACCUUCAGUGCAAUUUCACCACCUGGUUACACCAUUCUGGAUGUGGAUGAACAUGCUAUGUUGUUUGUUGGAGGUCUGACUGGAAAAAUAAAGAAAUCUGAUGCUGUGAGAAUCACUACUUUCACUGGCUGUAUGGGGGAGACUUAUUUGGACAGCAAACCAAUAGGAUUGUGGAAUUUCAGGGACAUCGAGGGAGAAUGUAAAGGAUGUGUCGUCAGUCCACAGGUGGCAGACAGUGAGGGAACUGUUCAGUUUGAUGGAGACGGGUACGCUAUGGUGAGCCGCCCAGUAAGAUGGAAUCCAAAUAUCUCCAUGGUCAUGUUCAACUUCAAGACAUUCUCUUCCACUGCUCUUCUGAUGUACCUUGCUACACAAGAUUUGAAAGAUUUCAUGAGCAUAGAGCUCAGUGAUGGGCGUAUUAAAGUCAGUUACGAUCUUGGUUCAGGAACAGCUUCUGUUAUCGGCAACCAGAAUCACAAUGACGGGAAAUGGAAAUCAUUCACCUUGUCAAGAAUUCUAAAACAAGCAAACAUAUCUAUUGUAGACAUAGACUCAAAUCAGGAAGAGAUCGUAUCGACAACUUCUACUGGGAAACAUUUUGGCCUCAAUUUGAAAGCCAAUGAGCCAAUAUAUUUUGGUGGGUUGCCAACACUGAGAAAUCUAAGUAUAAAGUCAAGACCUGAAGUAAAUUUAAAGAAAUACUCGGGCUGCCUCAAAGAUAUUGAAAUUUCCCGGACACCGUACAAUCUUCUAAGCAGUCCUGAUUACGUUGGCAUUACCAAAGGAUGUACACUAGAGAAUGUCUUCACAGUCAGCUUCCCUAAACCAGGCUAUGUGGAGCUGCCACCCAUUUCUUUUGACCUGGGAACAGAAAUCAAUUUGUCUUUCAGCACUAGGAAUGAAUCUGGCAUCAUACUCUUUGGUACAAAUGGGGCCCCUGUAACCCCAAGAAGGAAACGCAGGCAGACUGGGCAGGUCUAUUAUGCCAUGUUUCUAAAUAGAGGUCGGCUAGAAGUGCACAUCUCUACAGGGACAAAGGAUCCACGCAGACUAACCAUCAAACCCGAAUCUGGCAAGUUUCAUGAUGGCCGAGAACAUUCCAUCCGGAUAGAAAGACUUGCAGGGCUGUUUGCUAUACAAGUAGAUGAAGACAGAAGCCAGUUUCAGAGACUCCAAACAGACCAAUCUAUUUCUGUUAAGAAGCUGUUUGUGGGAGGGACACCACCUGAGUUUCACACAGCUCCUAUAAGGAACAUUCCUCCCUUUGAAGGCUGUAUAUGGAAUCUUGUCAUCAAUGCUGUUCCAAUGGACUUCGCCCAGCCAGUGUCAUUUGAAAAUGCAGAUAUUGGACGAUGUCCUGAUCUAGGACCUCUGCCUGAAAAAGAGGAGGAUAAAAUCUCCCGCACGACAGAUUUGAUCCAUCCAGAACCAGAUGUUAAGGAGACAAAAGAAACUGCAACUCCUCCUCCGCUACCACCCUUACCACCCUCACAUGAUUUGCUUGCUGCUGAAGUGAAGAGUGCCCAUAUUUCAGCUGCCUUGGAUGCCCUGAUGGAAUUUUGCGCUGCUGAUAGGGAGCCAGUUGUGUUAGAGCGUGGAAAGCAGUUUGGUCUUUCAAGGAACAGCCACAUUGCCAUUGCAUUUGAUGACACCAAAGUAAAGAAUCGACUCACAAUUGAAUUUGAGAUCAGAACGAAGGCAGAAUUUGGCUUGGUUUUUUACAUGGCCCGGAUCAACCAUGCUGAUUUUGCAACUGUUCAGAUACAGAAUGGUUUUCCAUAUUUCAAAUAUGACCUGGGAAGUGGGAACACCACCACAAUGAUUCUCAACAAAAUAAAUGAUGGCCGAUGGCACAAGAUAAAUAUAAUCCGAUCCAAACAAGAAGGUAUCCUUGUAGUAGAUGAUGCCAGAAACAGCACAACUAGCCCAAAGAAAGCUGAUAUUUUGGAUGUUGUGGGAAUGCUGUAUGUUGGAGGAUUGCCCGUUAACUAUACAACUCGAAGAAUUGGUCCAGUUGUCUAUAGUAUUGAUGGCUGUAUCCGAAAUUUUCAAAUGACAGAGUCGCCUGUUGACCUGAAUAACCCUACCUCUAGUUAUAAUGUCGGAAAGUGCUUUACCAAUGCACAGGAAGGAACAUAUUUUGAUGGAACAGGUUUUGCCAAGACCGUUGGAGCAUAUAAAGUGGGGACAGAUCUGCGAGUGGAAUUUGAGUUCCGCACAGCUCGAACAAAUGGUGUUCUGUUGGGAAUCAGUAGCCAAAAAAUGGAUGGACUUGGCAUUGAGCUGAUAGAUGAAAAAGUGAUGUUCCAUGUGGAUAAUGGUGCAGGUCGAUUCUCUGCCAUCUAUGAACCUGCUGCUGCAGGUAGCUUGUGUGAUGGAAACUGGCACAGAAUUAUUGCAAACAAGAUAAAGCACCGUAUAGUUCUGUCAGUGGAUGGACACCAAGUUGAAGGCAUCAGUCCAAAUGCAGCCUCUACUUCAGCAGAUACUAAUGAUCCUGUCUUUGUUGGAGGAUAUCCUGAUGGCCUGAAUCAGUUUGGCCUGACCACGAACAUCCGUUUCAGAGGAUGCAUUCGAUCCUUGUCUCUCACAAAGGGAACUGCUAAGGCUCUAGAAAUUAACUUCAGCAAAGCCUUGGAGAUCAAGGGAGUUCAACCUCUAUCAUGCCCUGCAAAUUAACUGCACAUCAUCCAUCUCAAAUAUGGAUCUGAUGAGUUAAAAAAAGAAAAAAACACACUCUACUUUUACCCUGAUGUUUAAAGAAUUCUAUAUUUACCUUGCCUUCAUAAUAAAAGUUCCUCGUGCAAAUA